UUGUUGUUUUAAUUUUUUUAUUUUAUAAUUAUUUUUGAACUUUAAUAUUUUUUUUUAGUCUAGUCAUUUUUAACUUAAAUUUAAGUAAAAUAUUUUGGAAUGGCAGCAAAUAGUAAUAUUAUAUGCUUUACCUGUUCCACAUGCGGUAUACAUAAGUAUUCUAUGCAAAAAUAUUUAGAUCAUUUGCAUAUUAUGCAUGAGCAUACAGCUGGUUAUCUUGCUGUAUGUAAUAUUGAUGGUUGCCCAGCAUCCUAUAAAUCUAUAAAAUGUUUGCGUCAGCAUAUUAGAAUUAAACAUACUACAAUUUACUAUUCAAAUAAUUUGUCAACAAACGUCUGCACCUUCAACUGCUGAAAUAUUAGAAAAUGAAUAUUUAGAAAACUGUGAUGAUCAAAGCAAUGGAAAUGAAUGUGACAAUGCAACUAUCAGUUGUUUUCAUUCUGAUUCACCUGAUUUGUCUAUGUCAUUAGAAAAGUUGCUAGACACCUUGCAGCAGCAUUUUGCUCUGUUUAUUGUCGGAAUAGCUGAAAAGCAUUCUGUUCCAUCUGUGGUGCAAAUUGAUUUGGCUAAUGAAGUCCAAUCCUUGCUAACUUAUUAUAAUAAUAAUUUUUGUAGUAUUAUAAAACAGGAAUUAGGCAACAGCUUAGUAUCAAAUGAAAAUUUACAAAAUUUGUUAAACAAUGAAUUGAUUUUAGAUAGAGUUUUAUCAGUUGUUAACUCCAGCAAAAAAAUUAUUGCCUUUAGUAAAGCCAAUUUAGGAGUUAUUUUGCCACUUGAAAUAAAUUUGUGUAGUAAAGAUGAUAUCUUAGAUGAAAAUGAUUUUUGUGUAGAUUCAAAUUGUGAUCAUCAAAAUGGUUUACCUAAAAGUGCUAUUAUUGGAAACGCUUUUAGUGAUACAACUUGUAAUAAUGAUAAUAACACAAACAUUAAAGAGUCUUUUCAAUACAUUCCAAUUUUACCACUGCUUAAACAGUUAAUUGAAAAAGAGGAAAUAUGGAAUUCUAUAAAACGAAAAUUAGAGAAUGAUUUGUCAGUGAAAACAAAUUUGCUUUAUUCAUAUUCAGAUGGUUUUAUUUGCAAGCACCAUAACAUUUUUAAUAACAAGUAUGCUUUAAGACUCCAUUUGUAUAUUGAUGAAUUUGAGGUAUGCAAUCCGAUUGGAGCUCAUCAUAAAGUACAUAAAAUAUGUGCAUUUUACUUUUUCCUGGGUAACAUUGAAGAUAAAUAUAUAUCAAGACUUCAAAAUAUAUACUUAUGCAUUCUUGUUAAAGAAAAAUUAAUUAAAGAACAUAAAACAUACAAGGAUGUUUUAAAACCUUUCAUUCAAGAUUUAAUAACAUUACAAAAUGAAGGCAUAUUAGUUAUGGUUGAUGGCCAACAGACACGAUUAUUUGGUGGCUUAGCAACAAUCUCUGCUGAUAACCUUUCAGACCAUGCACUGGCUGGUUUUCGUCGUGUUUUUAAUUCUGGUUUUUUUUGUCGUCAGUGUAUGACUUCAUAUACUAACAAAAACAAUAUAUUUUCUGAGCUUGAUGCAACACUUCGUACUGAUGAAAUCCAUCAGUAUCACUUGGCUGCUAUUUAUGGCCAAGGUCAAAUUUCAUCAAGUAUGUACGGUGUUGAAAGGUGUUGUCCUUUUUUAGAUUUAUCAUAUUUUAAAGUUAUGCAAUCGUUUCCACCAGACAUAAUGCAUGACAUGCUGGAAGGUACAAUUCCUCGAUUAAUUAGUCUAUUGCUGAUUAUGUGUUUGCUCCAAAAAUUUCUAAAUCGGUGUUAUCGUUUCUGCAAUUUUUAGUGGAGCAGUUUUUGCACAAUUUUGCUGAACUUUUCCCAGACAAUUUUACACCCAAGUUUCAUUUCAUGCUUCAUUAUGCUCGUCUUAUUAAUGAUUAUGAGCCACUACGUUAUUUAUGGUGUAUGCGUUUUGAAGCAAAACUCUUGUAUUUCAAAAAAUUGGCUUCUUCGAUUAGAAAUUUUAAAAAUAUUGCCUAUUCGCUUGCAAAACGACACCAGUUACGGCAGUGUUGGGAGAUGACAUCCUCAGAUUUUUUCAAAGAAUAUGAGAAAACUUAAAAUCUUUGUUCCAUUAUGUUUGAAAGUUUAGCAGCUUCUAUUCAAGAAAAACUAGUAAGUUUUUUUGGUUAUAGUAUUACUGAUAAGAAAGAAACUAUUUGGAAGUGUAGCAGCUUGCUUAUAAAUGGAAUCCAAUUUCAUGUUCAUGAUACAGUGAUUCUAGCUUUAUUACAUGUGGAAGAAAUACCAUUAUUUUUUAAAAUAUAUCAUAUUAUAAGAUUUCGUCAUCACUGGGUGUUUUGUGGCAAGUUUCUUAUUUGUGAUAAAUACUCUGCUCACUUGCAUGCCUUCAGAGUUGUGGAAGAAGAAGAUUUGACAAUAUGCUUACCAGCAGAUGUUCUUGAUCACCAAUUGAUAGACAUAUGUUUUGCAGGAUGGGUGUUGUUAUAUUACACUCAGAUACAGUUGUUUUUUAUAGAAUCUCUUUAGAUUUUUAUUAUAACAAUGUUGUAGUUAACUUGAUAUCAUUAUUUGGAUACUUUUUUUCUUGCCAAAAUAUAUUACAUGUGCUAAUACUUUGCUUUUAUUUU